CGUUCCGGAUAGCCUCUCUCACGCAUGGAGUUCCUCAAGUCGGCCGUGGCCUCGGCCAUCUCCCAGGGCCCUCCUUUCCCCUACACCUUUGGCGACAAGGUGGAUGUCGACGAAUCCAUCUGGACGCUCUACAAUGGCACAAGGCGGGAGGACGGAUCCAACUGCAGCAUCUUUGCCUUCGACAGCGCCGCGAAGAGGAGCUUGUUGCCGCUCGCAAAGAACGCGCUGAGAAAGCUGCGGACGCUGCGACACCCAGGAGUCAUCAAGGUUCUGGACACGGUCGAGACAGACACAUACAUCUACAUCGCGACCGAGCGCGUGACUCCUCUCCGGUGGCACGUUCGAAGGAAGAGCCUGAGCCCCGAGACGAUCAAAUGGGGUCUACACACUGUCGCUCAAACGCUCAAAUUCAUCAAUGACGAUGCUUCCUCGAAACAUGGCAGCCUCAGGGUCGGCUCUAUAUACACUACGGAAAGCGGCGAGUGGAAACUAGGGGGUUUCGAGGUCCUGAGCAACGUCAAGGACAGCGAGUCUGCUCUCGAUAGCUACGGAAGCUUGGUUCCCGACUCUGGUCGAUAUGCGCCGCCAGAGGUGGCUCAGGGUGGAUGGGCGGCGACCAGAGCGCACCCUACGUACGCCAUGGAUUCGUACAACUUCGGAAUCCUCAUCUUUGAAGUCUUCAACGGCGACUUUCACGGCCCGGACCAGGUUGGUCAAACCAAAAACAUACCACCCAGCAUGCAGACUGCCUACAAACGGCUUUGCAAUGCCAACCCCAAAGCACGGAUAAGCGCUGGCAAUUUCCUCGACCUUGGACGCCGAGCAGGCUCCUUUUUCGACACCCCCUUGAUUCAUCUGACAGAAGGGAUUGAGAACCUGGGGGUGAAGAACCCUGAUGAGCGGGAAGAGUUUCUCAACGAGUUGGAAAAAGUUACGGAUGAUUUUCCUGAAGAAUUCUUCAAAUCCAAGGUCCUGCCAGAGCUGGUCAAAUCGGUCGAGUUUGGCGGUGGCGGUCCCAAAGCUCUUACUGUUGUGCUGAAGAUAGCUGCCAAGUUGCCCUCUGACGAUUUCGAGUCGAAAAUCACACCGUUCAUUAUUCGGGCCUUUGCAAAUCCCGAUCGGGGCAUUCGCGUCUGCCUCUUGGACAACCUGCCUCUCAUCAUUGACCAAUUGUCACAGAGGGCAGUCAACGACAAAAUCUUCCCCCAACUCGUCACCGGCUUCACGGAUGCAGCGCCUGUAGUGCGAGAGCAGACGUUGAAAUCUGUUCUCGUUGUCAUUGGCAAACUGUCUGAUCGCACCAUCAACGGCGAACUUUUGAAGCAGCUGGCAAAGACCGCGAAUGAUGAGCAGCCUGGCAUCCGAACCAACACGACGAUUUGCCUGGGCAAGAUUGCAAAGAGCCUUGGCACAUCUUCAAGAUCAAAGGUGCUGAUAGCCGCAUUUACGCGCUCCUUGCGGGAUCCCUUUGUGCACGCAAGGAACGCUGCGCUCAUGGCGCUGGGCGCCACGGCUGAAUACUUCAACGAGGAUGACAGUGCCAACCGUAUCCUGCCGGUUAUAUGCCCGGCGUUGAUUGACAAAGAGAAGAUGAUCCGGGAUCAGGCCUCGAAGGCAAUGGAUAUCUAUUUGCAGAAAGUUCGCAAGGCUGCUGCUGCCAUGCCCGAUACCGCCCUACCUCCCCCCCAGUCGGCCGAUGCUUCCACUGCCCAGGCGGCCACGGUGCAGCCAGGAGCAUCCGGAAGCAGCUGGGCAGGCUGGGCCAUUUCGUCUUUUACGAAUAAGCUCACUGCUGUAGCUGGAGAAAUGCAAACUGCCAGCAGCCCAGCCCCAACCCCUGUUGCUUCACCACCCGCUUCCGAGGCGAGGAGGCCACCCACAGCAUCCGCAUCAAGUCUUCACCGUCAAACCUUGACGUCUCCUCCCCCGGCAUCAUCGGGUCUCUCUACGCCUAGUGCUGCAAGUGCUAUUGCUGGACAAUUUCUGCCUGAUGACGACGAUGCCGCCGGUGACGCUUGGGGCGAUCUUAAGGACGAUGUUGGUAAUGCAGGUGAUGGUUGGGGCAACGACGACGGCUUUGGGACGACAUCUGCGGCUUCGAAGGCACCUGCAGCUGCGUCCGCAACGCCCUUUGGCGAAGACGAGCCCGAUUUCGCAGGAUGGCUAGCGGCGCAAGCGCAGAAGAAAGGACCAGGCAAGCCUUUGCCAAAGGGGCUGUCCAAGACCACGACCACGACCACGACUGCCAAGAAGCCCGCAACAAAGACGGUAGCGAAGCCUGUAGCAAAACCGGUGACGAAACCUGCGGCGAAGAAGAUUGAUCUGGCGCCCAAAGAGACAGACGACGAUGAUGGAUGGGGUGAGUGGUAGAGCUGGGUUACAUCUGUUUGAGUGUCUGAAUAAGGUUGUUGUUGUAUAUAGCGAAACAAGCCGGCGUUGGGAUUAGAAUUGGACAUUCGUCUUCAACAGUAAUGUGUC